AUCAUCGACGGGAAGAAGGAUGCAUUGAGGAAAGGCGACGAGGCCCUAGCUCAUCAGGUAGGAGAAGGAAAGGACAUCAUGAGCAUUCUGCUUAAGGCCAAUAUGACUGCAAUGGAUACGGAGAAGCUCACUGACGAAGAGGUUAUAGCCCAGAUGUCGGUCCUCAUGCUCGCGGGCAUGGACACUACGUCUAAUGCCCUUUCGCGCACCCUCGAACUCCUCGCGCAGAAUCCGGAUACGCAGACUAAGCUUCGCUCGGAGAUUCUCGACGCCCGAAACGGAGAGUCUACGAUCGACUACGACGAUCUAGUCAAGCUUCCGUACCUGGAUGCAGUGUGCCGCGAGACUCUGCACCUAUACGCUCCUGUCGGCCGCCUCGUUUGCCACGCGGCGAAGGACGUGAUGCUUCCACUGUUCAAACCUGUACGUGACAAGAACGGCCGCAUGUUGGAUGCGGUGCCGGUACCCAAAGGCACAGCUAUCAUCCUCGAUCUUCAGGGUAGCAACUACAACAAGGAGCUAUGGAGCGAGGAUGCGCAUGAGUGGAGGCCGGAGCGCUGGCUGAGCCCUUUGCCUGCGGCUCUGGACGAAGCCCGUCUUCCCGCGGUGUAUUCGAACAUCAUGUCUUUCUCUGGGGGCUCAAGAUCGUGCAUCGGCUUCAAGUUCUCGCAGCUAGAGAUGAAGGUUGUCCUGUCCGCCCUCCUUGCCGCAUUCGAGUUUGAAUUGACGGACAAGGAGAUCGUGUGGAAUUCCGCCGCCGUAUCCUUCCCAACCAUGGGCCUCCAGAGCGAGAAGCCGGAAAUGCUCCUUAAAGUCAGAGCCGUGUAG